GGAGGAGCGUCCGGUACGGGCUGGAAAGUCGCACGUGAGCCGGUGGGGAACUUAGUGCAGGCCGCGCUAGGCGGGGCUCCAGGGUUCUUCCUUUCCGUUUCCCAGUCCCGGAGGAGAGGCGCGAUGGAAGCCCCCUUACCUCCUCGAGAGUCCGCGGCAUUCGUGGCGGAGCGGAGCCACGAUGUGUUUGUCGAAAAAGCCGGAGUGGAUCGAGUGGCCGAGAUGCUGCUGGAGAAGGUCCCGGGCCGAGAGUUCGGCGUGGGGGGCUGGAAGUCCUUGCACGAGCUGAACCCCCAGGCGGCGGACGAAGAUGCCGUCAACUGGGUGUUCGUGGCCGACACGCUCAACUUCUCCUUCUGGUCCGAGCAGGAAGAUCGCAGGUGUGGCGUGAAGUACCGGGGUAAAACACACACCGGGUACUGGGCGCUUUGCGCCGCCAUCAACCGAGCGCUGGACGAAGGAAUACCCCUCACUAGGGCUUCAUACUAUGCCACAGUUACCCUUGAUCAGCUUCAGCAUAUUUUGCACUCUGACACAGAUGUUCCCAUGCCUUUGAUAGAAGAGAGGCAUCAGAUUCUCAAUGAAACUGGAAAAAUUUUACUUGAGAAGUUUGGAGGGUCUUUUCUUAAUUGUGUUCGCAAGAGUGACAAAAGUGCACAAAAACUCCUGUCCCUGGUAGUUGAAAGUUUCCCUUCUUAUAGAGAUGUGGCUGUAUAUCAGGGUAAAAGGAUUUCAUUUUACAAACGGGCUCAGAUACUUGUGGCAGAUACUUGGUGUGUAUUAGAAGGAAAAGGAGAUGGCUGCUUCAGUGACAUUUCCAGCAUCACUAUGUUUGCUGACUACAGACUACCCCAGGUUCUUGCUCACUUGGGAGCAAUAAGAUACUCUGAUGAACUACUGAAGAAACUUCUUAAAGGAGAAAUGUUUCCAUCUGGGGAUAAACAAGAGGUGGAAAUCAGAGGCUGUUCUGUUUGGUGUGUUGAGCUGAUUCGAGAUCGACUUCUAGAGCUUAUUGAAAAAAAGGGAGUAAAAAUCUGUGUAGAAAUAAAUUCAAUUCUUCUUGAUUAUUACUUAUGGGACUAUGCCCGGGAUCAUAGAGAAGAUAUGAAAGGAAUUCCAUUUCAUCGCACGCGAUGCAUAUAUUAUUGAUUACAAUACAUUCUAGUCCAUCAUACCCCAGAAUUUUGUAACAUAUAAUCAAUUUUGCACCUUGUCUUUUAUUUAGGGUUAACCAGGAAAAAGUGUAGCACAAAUUAUGGGGAAAAGAUUAUUUCACUUUCUUAUCUACUAUUGUGCAUUCCAAAUUUGAUUUUUGUUUGAUCAUGUUUUAUUCUUUACUUCGUUAGUGCCCUAAUUUUAAUAUUCCAGUUUUUCUUAUUGCAAAAUUUCUUUUAAAAAGUUAAGACUUUUAAAAUGUGAUCAGUUUUCAUUGGGAUUUUUCUACCAUUCCGUAAGAGUUGAUCAUCUUUCUUAUUUUAUAUCCAUUUACUACACUCAUCUGUUUAAAAUUCUGAUAUAUGUAUAUGUGAUCAUAAGUUGUAUAAGUGGGAAAAGAGGAUGUGUGUAUAUGCACGUGAAAGUGUGUAUAUUAGUAACACUGAUCUACCAAUAAUGAUGCUGUUGCAAAAAUCAAGGUAUGAAGUUGUAAUUAUGUUUGGCAGGUAACAGACAUUACAAGAUUAAAGAUUCUUUUGGAUGUAGUAUAACAAAAAUGCCUGAUUUGGAAUUGAAUAAACUUUUUUUAUACAAAUGUUAAACUAUUUUUAAAGUGUAAUUUUGAAAGCCUAAUAAAAGCAUCAGACAUUUAACAGAA